AUGUCAAAAUGUGAUUUUGGGAUGAUAGAGUUGUAUUUGGGGAAAAACAUCAGUGCUGAGGGUGUUCGUGUGGAUCUAGAGAAUGUUUCUCAGUUGAAGGGAUUCCUUGGUUUGUGUGGAUUUUAUCGCCGCUUUGUGAGGGUUUUUUCUCAGACUAUUGUACCCCUUACAAAUUUAACUUGGAAAGAUGCCUUUGAGUGGUCAGACAAAGUUCAACAGUAUUUUGACAAAUUUAAGGAGUUGAUGAGCACAUGUCUAGUUUUGGCCAUUCCUGAUUUCAAUAGACCUUUUGAAUUGCAUUGUGAUGCUUUGAGCGAAGGCCUUGGUGCGGUAUUGAUGCAAGAAAGACACCCUAUUGCAUUUGAGAGCAGAAAGUUAAGGGGUGUUGAGAUGGGCUACAAUAUAUAUGACAAGGAGAUGUUGCCGAUAUGCAUGCCUUAG